CGAGGCCCAGCAGGAGGAGGAAAACCAGGCCAGGAGGCGAAGGAGGAGGAGGAGCCGUUUCUCGCUUCUGCUUUUGUUUGACUGCUUCUCCGCCAUCCACCUCAAACAGGGGGUGGGCACGCGGAUGGCCGCGGGAGUGGGCUGUGUGCGGCUCAAAGAGGAAGACACACGAGUGUGAGUGAAGCAAGUCUCACACACACACACAACACCAACUAUUCGUUUUUUUGGCUGAGCUCCAUCAAGGCUUUUGACAAGAUGCAAACGUCCACUGUGGCGAUGUUUUAGAAGAAGCCACAGAAGGCAAAAAGGCUGGAAAUUGAUGGCGAGCGCCGAGCUGAACGGGCACAUGACCCAAGGUGCGGCGGCCCCGAUGGAGGCUGCUGAAAAAGCCAGGAAUGAAGAUGGCGCAGCUGCUGAGAAGACUUUAAAUGAUGAGGAUGAAGAGGAUGAGGAAGCACACGAGCGGGAGGGAAGCCCGGAUGUUCGGCGUCACUUGUUAGAUAUCUAUGCGGGGGAUGGGAAACAGGCCGGCCUCCCGCCGUCAGAGUUCCCCGAGUCGCUGUACGAGCUGCUGUGCACGCUGCAGGAAGGCCGCCGGCUCAACGACCAGCGCUGCUCCUUCAUGCUGGACGGCGGCAUGAGGAGGCGAUGCCACUCCGAGCCCAACACCGCCAAGCCUUCGCACAGGGUGAUCUUCUCAUCCAUGACGUCGCUGCAGCGCGAGGAGUUUUUCGAACUGGUGGCCAGGGCGCAGGCACGCCGCCUGGAUGAGCAGCGGGCGCAGCUGCAAAGGUCGCCGCGGGGCAAGCGGAAAGGCCGAAGCUUCCGAGGAAGUCUCAAGCAGCUCUCGUUUGCCAGGAGAGCCCCCAAGAUGCCCGCCAAGGAGGAGCUCUACGACAUGAUCCUCACCACGCAGGCUCAAGGCAGGCUGGAGGAACAGCGUAGCCGGGCUCCGGGGCCCAUGGAUGACGACGACUUCUUCUCGCUGCUGCUGAGGGUCCAGGGUGGACGCAUGGACGAGCAGAGGACUGAACUGCCUUGCAUCCUGCAAACAUGACCACCAGGAAGACGACAACCGCAAGAAAAAGAGCUUGAAAUGUGAAAAAAAAGUUUUAAAAUUUGCAUUUUGCUUGCUUACCAAGUUGCACACCUUCUUGAAUGUCUGCUUAAGGUUGGGGUGGGGGGGACUUGUGUUUGAUGACUGGGAUUGUUCUCAGUCUAGCAUUUCAUUAAAGGAAAAGUGCAUCCCGG